GCCCCCUCGUGGCAACUAUCGGCCUUUCUGACGAAUGAGAAACCAACUUCAGCUUCAACUCAAUGCCUCAAUUCCGCUGCUGCACGAGGGUGGUAGCCUUGAACUCCACCCCCGCGGCACGUCCCAUCUAAAAUCCGAGACGGUCACCUUACCGCUGUCUUCCCACAGCCGCAGGAGGAGGCAGCUAAAGGUGGAAUAUGACAAAGAUGAAGGGGUUACACCGAUGAAGACGGAGCACUGGGAACCUCCAGACUGGAAGAAACAGCUGGGACACAUCCGGGAGAUGAGGAGCGGCCGUGAUGCACCCGUAGAUAACAUGGGAGCAGAGAAAUGCUACGACACAGAGGCUCCUGCAAGUGUAAGACGCUUUCAGGUGUUGGUUUCUCUCAUGCUGUCCAGUCAGACCAGAGAUCAGGUGACAGCAGCAGCGAUGCAGAAGCUUCGAGCUCACGGCUGCAAUGUAGAAAAUCUGCUCGCUACUGAUGAUGAAACACUGGGGAAACUCAUCUACCCAGUCGGCUUCUGGAGGACUAAGGUGAAGUAUCUGAAGCUGACAUCGGCCAUGCUGCAGAAAGAGUUUGGAGGGGACAUCCCAGACAGUGUGGAGGGGCUGGUCCGCCUACCAGGAGUCGGACCGAAGAUGGCUCACUUGGCUAUGGACAUCGCCUGGGACAAGGUGUCCGGCAUUGGAGUGGACACACAUGUGCAUCGCAUCUCUAAUAGGCUGGGCUGGCCAAAGAAACCAACCAAGAACCCAGAGGAAACACGCAAGGCCCUGGAGGAGUGGUUACCAAGGGAGCUGUGGAGUGAAAUCAACUGGCUGCUUGUGGGUUUCGGACAGCAGGUUUGUCUCCCAGUCAACCCGCUCUGCUCCAUGUGUCUGAACCAGCACAGCUGUCCAUCUGCCUUUCAGAACUCUCCAACUAAGAAGCCCAAAACUGGAUCCCCUAAGUCUCCAAAUCCAACAUCCUCCUUAAAAAUAAAAGCUGAACAUGAAUCUGCUGUCAAAGAGGAGGGGACAAAGACUGAGUCUCUCUUCACACCCGUUUCACCCACCACACAGAAAAAGAAGGCAAAAAGAAAAGUUAGUUAAAGGAGCAAUAUGUGACUCUGCGUUCAAAAUGGGUACUGCAGUCUAAAUUCAUGACACUGGGGAGAGGUGUCUCCCCCCGCCCCUUCCUCUCUUGAGUCGAUUGCACAUGCAGGUUGCCAUGUCGUGAACACUGAAGCUGCAGUGUUUAGCCAGCUCUGCUUUGGUCUUGAAACCUUUCUGCGUUCUGCAGAAGCUUUUUAGGUCGAGUAGAAACAGUUCUAUCUGAAUCAGUACGCCUCAUUUUGUCAUUUUAUUCAGUAGAUGUAGUACAGAUUGCUCCUUUAAGUUGUCAUACGUUUUGAGCUGUGCACAAGUAUAAGACAAGAGGACUCGCACACACACAAACUUAAAACAUGCGACUAAGCUAAACAAUGUGUGGUUCAGAAUUGUUGAGAUUUGUCAUGUUUAUUUGAGGUUUUAGUUGGACACUAAAAGAAUAUAUUUCACUUUUUCUAUGAGAUGUAAUAUUUUUGUACUGUUUGUCUUAUGAUCUUUCUUACUUAAUAAAGAAAAUAUGUCCUGAAACUGGAUGUGAAGGUG